AUGAUGUACCGCAACACUGCAACGGCCAUCCUGCUCGCAUGUCUCGCUGUCAUGGCCGGCUCGGUGAGCCUCGCUCAGGCCGCCCCCGCCGCCGCUUCGGCCGCCCCUGUCAAGCUCCUGGUCGCUUUCUACCCAGAUCACUUCCCCUGUGACAUUGAGCUCGGAUACUAUGACAAGACUCCCAUCGAAAUCACUUCGGGCGAGUGCCUCCAAGUCCCUGGAACCACCCACGUCAACUUUGCCCGCGACUUUACUGCCUCCACCCGGGUCUACCUCGUCGAGUCGCCUCCGACCACCCCCGAACGCCCCAAGGUGCAGUUCUUCACCGAUGCCAACUGCCAAUCGGCCUCGUACUCGAUCAACUUGGAGAGCGACGACGAGUUUGCCUGCGUGACCAACGCGAGCCUUCCCUAUUCCUUUGGCUUUGUUCACCUUGGCAACGACAAGGUUGCUCUGCUGGGCGAGUGCAACUCGAACUGCGACAACUGCGAGUUCAACGCCAUUGGCAGCUUCGACGAGUGCCAAACAGCUCAAGGAAAGUACUUUAUGGUUGCAAAGAAGAGCGCUGCUGGCCUUCUCCAGGUUCCCACACUGUUCGCCAUGCUGUCUGCGUCCUUGGUCGCCAUGUUCAUGUCGAAAAUGCUCUAA